AUGAGGUCCACAAGCAGCGAGAAUUCCAUUUACAUCCCCGAAGAAAUCUUGAUCAACAUCCUACUAAGACUACCGGUAAAAUCCCUUGUUCGGUUUAUGUGUGUUUUCAAGUCAUGGAAUGAUUUGAUUGGAAGCUCGAGUUUUAUUGGCAGACAUGUUAGUUAUGUCAAAAACCUUAACCAUGCUUUUCUAGUUGGCCUCCGGUGCACUGAAGGCAAACCCAAAAUUCGCCGUUCCAUUUUCUUUAACGAAACAUUUAAGGCAAGAUGCUUGGACAUGGGAGGUUUACGACUACGUGGUUCAAGUAAUGGUUUACUUUGUCUAUCAUCUAAUAGUCCGGAUUUGAAUAGUCCUGUAAUCAUAUGUAACCCAUCAAUAAUGAAAUAUGUCCGCCUUCCAGUCACCAACCUUUCUUGCCCUCCCAAAUUCGAAUAUCGAUGUGUUCUUGCAUUCGGGUUCAACCCCGGGCUCAACGACUACAAAGUAGUAAGGUUGGUAACGACUUAUCUUCAGCACUACAUUGAAAUGGAGGUUUACAGUUUAAGUACACACUCUUGGAAGAGCAUUGGUGUACUUCCUCCUUGGAUAAUUUCCAUGAAUUGGAGUUCUGGACAUGCAGUUUCUAAUGGGGUAGCAUACUGGAUUAUGCAAGCGAAAAAGGAUUUUAGCUUUCAUCUUGUGUCGUUCGAUACCGGCAGUGAGGUAUUUGAAAAAGUGUUACUGCCGGAGGCUAUUUGGGACAACACCCUUCAAUACUAUGGUUUCAAUCACAUUCAUGCGUACAAGGAGUCAGUUUGCUUAUUAUUGCAAAGUGGGCGAGACGACCACAUCGACAUAUGGGUUCUCCAGGAGAAGUGUUUACACAAGCUGCACACUGUUUGGUUUCCUGGAACGUCUCCUGUACCGUUGGGCUUUAAAACGAAUGAUGAACUCCUUUUGGAGUACCGAAAGAAUGAUCGACGUUAUCUGGCUAUAUUCAAUCUUCAAACGAAGCAAAUCAACGAAACCAGAGUUAGGUUGCCGGGGCAUUGUUAUCUUGACAAUCAUGCGGAUACUUAUGUUGCAAGUUUACUCUUACUCAAGGAUAUUAGGGCACAAGAACUUAGAGGAAUAUCAAUUGUAUUUCCCUUAUGCCGUGGAAGAAACUAA